AGCGACCGGGCCCUCACACCGAGACAGAGGCACGGGCACAGGGGGCCGGGCACACGGCCAGGAUGGCGGCGGAGCGGCCGGGCGGCUCCGAGUCCACGGUGUGGGACCCGCAGCACUCCAACAAGCUGCUGAAGAGCCUGAGCUCCUUCCGGAACGAGCCGCUGUUCUGUGACGCGGUGCUGGUGGUCGAGGGACACGAGAUCCCGGUGCAGAAGAACCUGCUGGCGGCGGCCAGCCCGUACGUCAGGACCAAAUUGAAUUAUACAGCUCCAGCAGAUGAUGGUUCAGUGUAUAAAAUUAUCCUAGAUGGCAUUUCUGUCGCUGUUAUGCAUGAAUUAUUGGAUUAUAUGUUUAGUGGCCAGAUUAAGCUGAGUGAAGACACUAUUCAGGAUAUUGUGCAGGCUGCAGAUCUUCUCCUCCUUACUGAUUUAAAAGCUCUGUGUUGUGAAUUUUUAGAAAGUUGCAUUGCUCCUGAGAAUUGUAUUGGUAUACGUGAUUUUGCUUUGCACUACUCUUUGCAACAUGUAUACUACAUUGCUACUGAGUAUCUGGAAACACACUUCCGUGAUGUCUCCCACACAGAGGAGUUCUUGGAACUAAGCCAUGAAAAAGUGAAAGAAGUUAUCUCUUUGGAAAAGUUGAAUGUUGGAAAUGAAAGGUAUAUCUUUGAAGCAGUGGUAAAAUGGAUUUGUCAAGAUCCUGUGGUUCGAAAGGUUCACAUGAAGGAUGUGAUGUCUAUGGUUUGGGUCAAUGGUCUGGAUCCGAGUUAUCUGAGAGAGCAAAUGUUGAAUGAACCUGUGGUACGAGAAAUUGUCAAGGAGUGUACCAAUAUUCCUCUCAGCCAAAGAGAAGGAGAGGCUCAGCUAGCUACCUUCAAACCUAGAGGGUAUUCUGAAUGUAUAGUGACAGUGGGAGGUGAAGAAAGGAGUACACGAAAGCCUACGGCUGUCAUGCGGUGCAUGUGUCCAUUAUAUGACCGUAACAGACAACUUUGGAUAGAAUUGGCCCCAAUGAGCAUUCCACGCAUUAACCAUGGAAUAUUGUCAGCAGAGGGCUUCCUCUUUGUGCUGGGUGGACAGGGUUUAGACAACAAUACUUUAAGUUCAGGAGAGAAAUAUGACUCCGAUACCAACUGUUGGACUCCCAUUCCUCCAAUGAGUGAGGCAAAGCACAAUUUUGGAAUAGUGGCAAUAGAUGGAGUUCUUUAUGUACUGGGAGGUGAAGAUGGUGAAAAUGAGUUGCUAUCUAUGGAGGCCUAUGACAUUCACACUAAGAUAUGGACAAAACAACCCAACAUGACUAUGGUUCGAAAGAUUGGCUGCUAUGCAGCUAUGAAGAAAAAGAUCUAUGCAAUGGGUGGUGGCUCAUAUGGAAAAUUGUUUGAGUCUGUUGAGUGCUACGAUCCCAAGACACAGCAGUGGACUGCGAUCUGCCCAUUAAAAGAAAAAAGGUUUGGUGCAGUAGCAUGUGGUGUUGGCCUGGAAUUAUAUGUUUUUGGCGGUGUUCGCAGCCGUGAAGGUCAUGAUGCGGAAAGCAAUGAAAUGGUCACCUGCAGAUCAGAAUUUUACCAUGAUCAAUUCAAAAGAUGGAUAUAUUUGAAUGAUCAAUCAUUGUGCAUCCCAACAAGCUCCUCUUUUGUGUAUGGUGCUGUGCCCAUUGGUGCCAGCAUUUAUGUUAUUGGCGAUUUGGACACAGGCACACAGUAUGACUUUGUCAGAGAAUUUCGCAGGAGCACAGGAACCUGGCAUCAUACCAAGCCAUUACUCCCUUCAGACCUCCGGCGAACGGGCUGCGCAGCUUUGCGUAUUGCAAAUUGCAAGCUUUUCAGGCUACAGUUACAACAAGGUCUUUUUCGCAUACGCAUUCCCUCUGUAGGUCCAAGUGGACCAUAAUGCAAAUGGUCAGUGGUGAUCCCAAUUCUGAACCAAACAUUAUAUAUUGCAAAAUGAGGGAUAAUCUUGCAAAGUCUGAUAUCUUGUCUUCGUUACAGAUUAGUAACGGUUAAAACGUACCCUGCAAGGGCAAUGCAUUGUUGCACACAUUUUAACGUGAACCAGAAAGGUUGUGCUUUUUUCGGUAUGUUCUGAAAGCUCAGUUAUGGUGUUUCUAACUGUAGCAUUUAAAUUACAAGGCAUUAAACCAAAUCUUCAGCUUUCUAAUAUAAAGUAACCUGAAAUCAAUAUUUAGUAAGUGUAAAUCUGAAAAAGAGAUACUUGUUUCAAAAAGUGCAGAGCUGAUGCAGAAUUCUGGAGAUAAUUGCUAUCCCAGUUAGAAUGAAUUCUGUUCUCUUUUGAAAGUUCUAAUCUAAGCUGUAAAGUCAGUUUUAUUUUUUCACUAUGUUAAACAAUAGUUCUAAUACAAAAUGUUACAUUAAAUAUUAACUUAUCUUUUGUAGCUCAGGCUUGUAAAAGCAAAAUUUAACUUUAAAAACCAGCAGCCAAAAAUGGCUAUAUUUUGAGUUUAACUUGUGUCAACUGUUGGGACUCCAAAGUCCACUUUUUGGUGGAGGAACUACUGGGUGAAAGAAAUAUUGAUAGAAACCUAGAUUUGACAACUCUUGAUUUUUGAAGAGAAUUGCUAUAAAGUUGAAGUGUUUUUGAAUGGUUAUGUCACAGUAUCAGUUAAGGUUGUUACUGUUAGAUUUGUUAUUAACACUUAAGUUUCAAAACAAUAUUUAAAACGGAUAGUUGGCUGGUUCAAAAUAAUUAAUAGACCUGUCAAAGAAAGUUACAUUUCUACUGUAAAGUUUCACAUUACACCCUGAAGUUGAAGCUGUUUACAUUUGCUAUAUAAAAAAAGACUCCUGUCAGUCUCCUGUUAAAUAACAUCACCUGUAAUGUUCAGUACCACAGAUGCUAUUUCCACACAACAUAAUUUGGCAUGGAACUAACGUUCUGAAUUGACUGCAUUGAAAGGUGAAAGCCUCAGUGCUAUCACACUUUGCUGCCAGUACACUAAUGUAAUUUGUACAUAUUAUCUUUACUAUUUUAAUUAUUUUUUCAAGGCAUUGUUUAAAUGCAAUGCACAAUGGCCUUUAAAAUGAUUUAUCCAUUUCUCUCUGCAUUGUCACCACCCUUCUUGCUUUCAAGAAUCUGAGCAAAAUUCUUCGCUGUGCACACAUUACCAGUUCCCCAUUGCACCACCUUCAUUUCUUUCACUAUGCUCCUUUAUUGUCAAAUAAAAUGAGACAUCUUUCUGAAUGUAGGAAGCACUAUAUAAAAACAGGUUAUUGUAAUAUUACAUUAAUGGUGCUGAGAGUUAUCUGGUUACCCCACUAGUGAUGAAAUUCUAUUUUUGAAGUUAUCAUGAAUCCUCUAUUUUGUGUGUAAGUUGCAAAUCUCUGGUGCUUCCUUGGUGUACAAGUCGGACAGAUUUUACAUAGGAGUGGUUUCAAAUAAUAAUUAUUGUAAUGUAAUUGUCUAUUCAUCUCAUGUAGUAUUAUGAAAGAGUGAAUGAUAAAGUAGUUGGUGAUUUCAAUAUAUUAAAUCCUAAGG